AUGUUUUCUUUUACAAAGGCUUCUAGCGUCGAUUCAAUGGGCUACAAGGAAUGCAAAGUUUUGCACAUUCAGCCGCUAAGUAAUACCAAAAACGGCCUUGAGUUCCUUCUCACACAACAAAAAAGAUAUCUGAAGCUUGCCGACUCAGCGCUCGCCUUCAGUGUUGAUUUACCGGACAACUAUGUGCCGGAUAACGAUUUUUGUAAUAAACUUUUUGAAAAUAUCGUGCUUGAUAUUGACCAAGACACAGUUUCAAAGAGAGGAUCCGAAUUCGACAAUUGUAUGAGUAGCUUUUUUCUCAAUAAAUCUAUGUUUGACGAAAAUUACAUGGAGAACACAAUGGCAACUCAAGGUGUUUACGAUGUUUUCAACGACGAUGCUGAGAAAUUCGAUGGAACGCAAAUUGCGAUCAGGCAGAAUAUGUGUACUGAGAUAAAAAAAGAAGUUGAUGGUAAUACGCAAAGAUGGCUGCGCUAUGACUUUAUUUUACCACUGAAUCAUGGCAUUGCGAGAACUUACCAACCUCUUCCAGCAAAUACGGAAAUCCGCCUCAAAUACCAGAGAGCACCAGCAUCUUUUUCAAUUAUGAAAAUAAAAGAGAAUGUGACGGUUCUCGAUAAUCCAAAUCUAGCAUCCAUCCCGUUCAAUUUCACUGACCCAGUUGUUACCAUUGUCAAGCCAGUUUUCCGAGCAAUGUACCUGAAAAGCGACGAACUCGACAAUAAGAUGAGAGGAUACGCCCAAUAUCCAUUCGAAAUGCCUUUUCUUGACUAUGUCGUCCGAAAACCUGUCCUCAACGAUCAUGAAUCCGACUUUCUUAUCGAUCUCACAAAGGGAAAGAUGCCAUCAUAUGCGGUCUUUGCAAUUUGUCCGAUCACGCGCUUAAACGGUUCAGAUACCGAGUGCAUAACAAAAUUUACCCGUCAUAAGCUCAAAAGCUUUGAGAUUCUUCUCGACAAUGUCAAAGUUGAAGGCUUUCCUUUGCAACUCGGCAUGAAAAAACGAUACGAGCAGUGCAUGAAAGAUUUCACUCGAACAAAUGAUGACAAACACAGCUACGCAAUUUUAAAUGCUUCACUUCAUUGCGAAGAUGACGAUCUCAGAUGCAUUACUGGCAUAAACCGAGAGUUUUCAAAUAUUGAUCCACCGAAUUUUCCAAUAUGCUACACGGAAUAA